UUAGUUGAAAGCGAAAUGAAAGUGAAUGCUAAUUUAAAUGUAGAUACAAAAUAAUUAGGAUUUAAUUUUAAAAAACAAAAAAUUAAUAUCAAUUGUAUAAAAAAAAAUGAGUGUAACGCUUUUUGUCACUGAAGUGAUAUGUGCAUUUAUAUUGAGUGCAAGUAUUCUAUAUCGCUAUGGAAAUUGGUUUCGGCAUCAUAUUAUUGUUACUCUAGCAGUUCUAAUAGCGUGGUAUUUUAGUUUCUUAAUUAUUUUUGUGUUGCCGCUCGAUGUUAGUUCGACGGUCUUUCGACAAUGUACCGUUGAAAAUAUUCAUGUAAAUUCAACAUUUGUAUCGAUCAAAGAUAUCGAAGUAACCGAUAUUAAAAAUGAUUCAAAUCAAACAUCAUCGAGUACCGAAAAUCCAUUAACACCGUCAUCAUCGUCUUCGGUACCACCGCCGAUUCCACAAACAUGCCAGGAACCAUGGAGCUACGUUCCAGAUAAUAUAUUGAAGAAUUUAUGGCGGGUUGUUUAUUGGACAUCGUUGUUUUUAACAUGGCUUGUUAUGCCAAUGAUGCAAUCGUACAGUAAAGCUGGUGAAUUUACGGUACGAGGUAAAUUGAAAUCGGCUCUUAUCGAUAAUGCAAUCUAUUAUGGUUCAUAUUUGUUUAUCUGUGGUGUACUUUUAAUAUAUAUUGCACUUAAACCAGGAAUUGACUUGGAUGGUCAAAAAAUUAUUGCUAUCGCUUCAUCAGCGAGCAACACAUGGGGUUUAUUUUUAUUGGUAAUGUUAUUAGGGUACGCUUUAAUUGAUGUACCACGAGAAUAUUGGCGUUCAGCCCAACCAGGUUACCUAUUAUCACGCGCCUAUUUCAAAGCAACAAAAUUAAAUUGUGAUAAAUGUGAAGCUGAAGAGACCGUCGAUGAUAUAUUAGAAUCAUUGCAAGCAGCUAAUUUAGCAAUUGGUCCGAAUCAUCCGCUGUACAAUAAUAUGGAAACCGUUAUGCAAAAAAUUCCAACGGAAUUACGUGAUCGUAUGGCAAGACGACAACUUCCAGCGGAUAUUAAUAUCGAUGCACCAAGUGAAAAACAAUUGAUACGAUUACAUAAACAAGUAAUCAAAGCGUUACAUACGCUUCAACGAACCGAAAUUCAGUGGGGUAUACUUGUGAAGAAAAUUUGUGAUUUAGAAGAUAUAUCGAAUAAUCAGACAUCGCAUACAAGACGUUUUAAGCAUACAUUCCAGAAUCCAAAGAAUGCAUUUUCACGGAUCUUUUAUAAUCCAACGAUUGAAUGGUAUUGGAAAUGUAUUAUACAACGAUAUAUUCGUUUGACAUUGGCCUUGAUUACGGGUUUAUUAUCGUUUGCUGUUGUCUGGUCGGAGGUGACAUUCUUUAAUCGGAAACCUGUUUUAUCGAUAUUUGCAAGAUAUUUGGCUGUUUCGAAGGAUAGUUAUGAUUAUUUAACGAUAGAGCUUCUCUCAACAAUUGUUAUUGCCUAUAUGUGUUAUUGUGCAUAUUCAACGGUGUUAAAAAUUCGUGUCCUUAAUUUAUACUAUUUGGCACCACAUCAUCAAACAAAUGAAUACAGUUUAAUAUUCUCUGGUAUGAUGUUGUCACGUUUAACACCACCAAUAUGUUUAAAUUUUUUGGGCCUAAUACAUAUGGAUAGUCAUGUGAUUAAAAGUCAACAGCUUGAAACACUUUAUACGCAGGUGAUGGGUCAUAUGGAUGUGAUAUCCAUAAUAUCCGAUGGUUUUAAUGUGUAUUUUCCAAUUGCUAUAUUAGCAUUUUGUUUAGCCACGUAUUUUAGAUUGGGUGCUCGAAUACUUAUAGUUUUAGGAUUUCAUCAAUUUAUUGGUAAUGAUGAAUUAACGUAUGAUAUGGUUGACGAGGGUAGAGAAUUAAUUAAAAGAGAAAAGCGUAAAAGACAAAGAGCAGAAGAUUCUAUGAAUCGACGUAGAGAAUUCCAAGAACGUUUCCAAAUUGGAGGCAGAAAUAGAAAUAUUAGAAAUAGUACAGACACAGGAGUUUAUGAUCCUCAUUCAAUGGUUUAUUCUGAUCCAGUUCGUCCAUUAAAUCGUGAUGAGAGUAUGGAAUCAGCCCGUGCCGGUUUACUACGGGAUGUGGAUCCAGUUGAUUAUUACGUAUCGAAUCCAUCAACAAAUUUAGAUAGUUUAGCAGGUGGUGAAAUUGAUUCCCGUUUUGGUAUAAGCACACGGGAUGCAAUCAAUGAUCGACAAGGAUAUCAAAGUGCUGCUGAAGAUAUGUUUGAAAUUAUUCGAGGUGGUCGUGAUAGAGUUGGUCCACCUCCGCGAGGGAUAUUCGAUGAUGUAUAAUUCUUUGUUGGUGUACUCGAUUUUAGUUUAUGUUAUGAUUAAAUAAAAUUGUAUAUUUUUUAUUA